AUGAGGGGUUUUUGGACAGGCUUGGUGGUGCGUAUUCGGCACCCCCACAGCCUGGUGCUGGUCGCCGGGGACUUCAAUGCGAAGUCCGUGCUCUGGGGUUCCCGGCGACCAGACGUGAAAGGCGAGGAUCUGGCGGACUGGGCGGCGGGUCUGGGCCUUCAGCUUAUUAAUGAGGACUCGGACAGCACCUUCGUGCGGUGGACGAGGGAGUCCGUCGUCGAUCUGACCUGGGCAUCUCCGGCUGUCGCGCGCCGGAUGACGGAGUGGAGGGUGUUGUCGGUGGUGGAGACGCUGUCGGAUCAUAGAUAUAUCUAUGGAGCUGUCUCCGCCCCCCAUUGCCGGGGGACGGGUGGAUCCCGACCGCGGAGAUGGGCGGUCGGAAAGCUCGACGGGGACAGGCUGGUCGCUGCCCUGCUCGCGUCCACCUGGCCUAGGAGGGAGAUGGGGACGGUAGAGGAGGAGGCCGGCUGGCUCGGGGACAUCAUGUCAGAGGCGUGCGACUUUGCGAUGCCCCGAGCCAGGCGGCCUGAGCGUAGGGCAACAUAUUGGUGGAGUGCGGGACUGGCGGAGCUGCGGCGCGCAUCGGGGCGCGCCUGGCGCCGCUUCUCCCGCGCCCGCCACCGUAGAGUGGAGGCUGAGGUGGAUGCGCGCUACAGGGAGCUCCAAAAGAGACGGAGCGCCCUAGGGGCGGCGAUCAGGGAAGCCAAGGCGAGGGCCUGGGAGGAGCUCCUCCGGUCAGUGGAGGGCGAUCCCUGGGGGCGUCCGUACCAGCUUGUCAUGGGCAAGUUGCGGCCGUGGGCGCCCCCGGUGACCGAGGAGAUGGAUCCCCUGGGGCUGCGCGGAACUCUGGACACUCUUUUCCCCGGGAGAGAAGGGUAUCCGGAGCCCCUGGAAUGGAUGAACUCCGAGCGGCUCCAGGAGAUACCGGAGAUUGGACCAGAGGAGUAG